AAGGUCAAGUCACGGUGGAAUGGAGGAUUCGGAGUGUGCAAUAGUCGAGCAACGCCGUUUCUACUUGGAAAAUUCCACUUCGCCCUCUCCUCCUGACAAGACGAGACGGCAGCAGGUCAUGAAACACUAGCUGCCAGUAGGCAGUCACCACGCCCACGGAGUUUCAACGGAGUGUCCCAUUGGCCUAGUUUUGGCGGGACUCGAGCCUAUGCUACAUGCACCCAACGCGUGCGCGAACAGAACGACGGCGCUUUGGAAGACAGGAGACGACGCCAGGACCUUGGAAACGGCCCUGCUGCAAGUGAUUAAAAUCCUCUUGGAGGUUAAACAACAGCAGCGUGUCCACCAGAGAAGGGUCAUUAGGCUGCUGGAGCGCCAAUCGGAGAGGUUGGAGCGCCUUGAGGCGCUGACUGGAGCAGCUUUCCCUCCUCCAGCUCCAAAUCUGGUGGCGCCGUCGAAGCUGCCGGCGAAACCAUUGAGGAGUUUGAAGCUGCCGAGGAAGCCCUCAAGGACGAGAGUGUGUCCACUGCCGUGCAUCGCCAGCUGGCCCGCUUGGGGGGUAGCAACUUCAGGGAGCUGGCAACGGGCGUCAUGAAGGCCAUCAUGACACCUACCAUGCAGCGCCUUUACAGCCUGCACGGGAAGAAAGGAAAGAAGGCCUUCUUGACGACGAGGCUGUGCAAGGUGGCCACAGGUGAAUUUUAUUUUGCCAAUGUUCGAUUUGCGUGCCUGCUGCUUGUUGGUGCUCUAUGAUAAAAUUUCUUU